AUGAUGCUGAAGCUCUUUAUUUUAUUCAACGUUUUUGCUGUUGUGUACAGUCAGACACCUCCCGCCUGCACAACUUGUCCUCCAAAUGGUAUUUGGUCGGACUGGGUUGCGGGGAGUUGCUCGGUGACUUGCGGUAUGUUCGGAACGAUGACACAAACGAGAACGUGCAUAUCGGAACCAUUGGGAUGUCCAUGUGAUGGAGCUUCCACCACUCGAAACUACCCUUGCCCUGUGUCUCCACUUUGCCUAGGAACAGCCACUCAGCAAUGUAAUCUUCCUUACAAAAAGUGGGGUAACCCGGCCACCAGGAAAAACGAGUGCGGAAAUGUGACCGCUCAAUCGGACGACUAUGUGACUCCAUCUUGCACGAUGAACGGACCUGCGUGUAACUUCUGUUCUUUGACCAACCCCAGCGUGACGAUCGUUAAUGAGCCGGACUCGGAGGUCGGCACUGCUUCAUUUGCAAGUGACGUCAUCACAACAGAUGCAAGCGGUUGUUCAGUGAGGACAUUCACUUGCACAGCUCUUGAAGGAUGGGGAGCCAUAAUCAAUGUAAACCACGAAAGUGGUACGUUGUUGGCUGUGCAGAGCUCGUGCAAUACUUGUGAGGGGGCGGCAUGCGAUGGCUGUUCGAAUACGGUCUCUUUCUCAGUCACAUGCAACAACAAUACAGCUUGGCCUUUCGAGCUAGGCGGCACAUUCGAGACGUUGACACAAAUUGGAUGUCAAGCGCUCACUUGUGAGAACAUGUGUGCGACGUGCGGAACGUGUGACGCGUGCGGAGCGUGUGAGGCGUGCGGAACGUGC